CGGCCGGGUAAAUACGCGAUAGCAACCUUCUCCCUUGGUUUCCCGUUUUUUUUCCCUUCUGUUCCAAUAUUUUGAUGAGAUGGCUUUAUUCAAAGGAUUGCUGUACUUUUAUUUGUGGUAUUCAAGCAUUUUCGCAGGUUACGUCUUUCUUUUUUGUCCUUUGUUCCCAGUACUUCUAAUUUCCAAUAAACUCUACCGCUAUAUAUCGGAUAUUUUAUUUACGUAUUGGCAGUAUUACCCAACGGCUCUGACGGAAUUCUUGUUCGGUUGUAACAUCCAGGUGUCAGGCGAUGCGAUUCGCACAGGAGAAACCUCUCUCUUGGUAAUGAAUCACAGGACGAGGACGGAUUGGAAUUUCUUCUGGCCCGUCCUUUACCACAGCGUCGAAGGGCGCGGUAAAUUGGCCCAUUCCACCAAGUUUAUCCUGAAAGAUAAGAUACGGCACAUUCCAGGGCCAGGUUGGAUCAUGCAACUGGCCUGUUUCCUCUACAUAAAGAGAAAUUGGCUAGUAGAUCGAUUCGUUUUCGAAAAAUACAUCAACUAUGUCGCUAGGAUAAAAUACAAACACAGUCUCCUGAUAUUCCCGGAAGGGACUGAUUUGACCCAAGACACUAAGAAAAGUAGUGAUAGAUAUGCUGAGAAAAAUAAUUUACCUACUUACGAUUACGUUCUUCAUCCAAGAACUACCGGAUUCGUCUAUUUAGCCAAGCAACUGUUAUCCUCGGACAAUCUGGACGCCAUUUACGACAUCACUCUGGCUUAUCCAGACGUAAUUCCCGAAACCGAGCGAUACUUGCUAGAAGGAAAAUUCCCCAAAGAAGUGAGAGUACACUUAGUGAGAUAUCCGAAAUCGAUUCUACCGACCACCGAAGAGGACCUGAAGCGAUUCCUGGAGAAGCGGUGGUGCGACAAGGAGAAAACCAUCAAUGAAUUCCUGUCGACGGGAAAUUUCCUGCACGGCAGGGUCUUGAGAUGCGACAGGAAAUGGGAGUUGUAUUUGGCUUUCGCGUUCUGGACAGUCCUGCCCUACAUCAGCAUCUACACUUUCAUCGUAAUGGAAUCGUUCAGGAACUUGGUGGUGUCGCACACGCUCUUCCUGUUGAGCCUCAACUUUCUCUGGGACGGGUUCCAGCAUUUCGAGAUGGUUGUGCAGGAGACGAGGGACAAAAUCGUCGAUGCCGUUAGAAGAUUUGUUCCCGGUUUGGGCCGUUGAUUCGAGUUAUUUUAGAGUUGAAUUUUGGUAGAUUUGAAGAUCCCGAAAAUUCGAGUGCUUACCUAAAUUCUAAACGAGCCGGAAUUCGAAACGUUGAAACUCGUUCGCAGGAAAUGUAUGAAUUAAUUAGCGAACACAAUUAAUAUUUGCUACAAUAAGUCGAUACCAAUAAAUUCUUGAAAAAUAAUCGUAACGAAUAUUGAAGGACGAGAUUCUUUUUUUCAAGAGAAUUAGUGUCAAUUAGAUGAAUACGAAUAAGACGUAUUAUUUGGUUUUUUAACGUUUUCUUCUCGACAUUGAAAAAAAAUCAAUUUUAAAAAGUUUAAGGAUUUAACGAUAUGUGAAAUGUUUAUCAAAUUACGAAUUUUCUUAAUUACUCUCCUGCCAUGAAUGUUCUCGAUUGGUUGGAGAAAUUGUGUAAGGGUGUAUUAACAAAUGGUACUAUUUACUAAUCAAUUUUCAUCCAGAAUUCACUUGUUUUACCUAUUCUUUAAUAAAAAUUGAAUAGUAAUUGGGGCAAUUGCACAAUUUCCAAAAAUAAUAGUUAUCCAAUCGAACGAAAGGAUUAUCAAUAACAUACUGUUGAACAACAAUUUUGAACAAGAAUUCAAUACAAGGGAUUCUAUCAAUAUGUAAAAUACUUAAGGUCAAAUUAGUUUAAAGGUAUGCCUAAUUAGACCAUUUUACUUUAUCCAAAUUAAAAUUUACAAAAACCUAAAGAGAGAGAAUAGUAUUUCUGGAAAUUCCAAAUUAGUACAACUUUUCGGAAUUAAGCAAUAUUAACUCUUUUGGUAAAGUAAAAAAUAUAAUUACAAUUCGAGGUAAAAAAGUUAUCCCUAAUAAUUAUCCGGCAAUUACAGUUGAUUAUUUUUAGAAACUAAUUUCUUUCAAAAAAUAUACCAACUCAACCAACCUGAUCUGAUGUAAAGACUCAUUCAUCUCGUAUUUAAAAAGCAUUAUACCGAAUAGACUGAAAUUACUAUACCAGGAUUUUACAAAAAACUUCUAUUAUUAAAUAGAGUAUUUUUCAAAAAUGUUAUUCAUCCAAAAAUGUCGGUGGUUUUGAGCACAAAAAAAAUGGAAACAGAGAAGAAAGAUUUAUUUAACUCAUUCGUAAAGUUAACGAGAACAUAACAAACCACCAGUUAAACCAUGUAGAAUUGUUAUUAUUAAAAACAUAAAGUGAUGAAGCAUGAAUUUCUUAAAUCCAGUAAGAGCCAUUUAAGAAUUGUAAAUUAAUUAAAUGAGAUUUAAUGACGCUUAAAAGUAGAUAAUAACGCAAACCAAAACUGAUUGCGAUUUUUACAAAUAAAAAAAACAUUUAAAUGAGAGUUAGUAACUAUUUUGCUAAGAAAGAGUUUUGCAAAUGUUGAAUGAUUCGAGUAUUAUUAUAAGUACUACAAAAAGCGUACGUUCGGAUGCUAAAAUUACAAAUUAACGAACUUUUUCAAACAAAAUACGGGAUAUGUUAUAAAAGGACAUCAUUAAAAGAAAGUUCAAGGGUUGAAAAAAUUUGAAAAUUCCCGAUACUUUUCCAACGACUCCUUUUUGAAUAUUAGAAUGUUUAUUAUUCUCUUUACUCAACCAUUUCCUUUAGUUCAAUGAUAUCAAAAAGGAUAUAAUAAACAUCCGAUAUUCAGAAAGGUUUAUUUUCGAUAUUUUAACGUGUUGAAUCUGCUUUUAAUAUUUCUUUUAGUAACGCCCCGUAUAUUGAAAAAUCGUGAAAUGCAAUCUAACGUUAGAAAUAUUAUAAAAAGUAUGUUGAAAGAAACGAAUUUUCUUGCUUAGCAAGAAUUUUUACAAGAAAAGACUCUUCUGAAGUAAAACGCGGAAUCUAUACAUUUACUGAUUGUUCUGUAAAUGUAAUACAUAUUUGUAAAACGGGGCAAACCCCGUAAAAAAUUAUUAAUAACCCUUGUUAGUUUUAAUAAUAAUUAGUGGUAAAACUACUAUAGGAAACGCGAAUGCACUCUACGUUAGAUUAAAUAAAAAUAAUUUAAAUUGUCCUCCGGAACAUAAUGAAAAAUUUGUCUAUCCAUAACAAAAAAAAAAUGGAUAUCCUAGUAUAGGGUUUUAAUUAAUCGUUAAAUUUAGUACGAUAAUUUAUUGACUAACAGUAGAUAAUUCGUGACAGAUGUUACUUCUUUCUGCUCUGCUUAUUCAAAUUAUGCUAUCGGUGUUACUUUCUCAAUGUAUUUAAAAUAUAUGUGGGCAUUAUAUUAAUCAUAUAUGUAUCGUUUAAGUACAAGAUGUUUCCCCAAAAAUGAAGCCAUUUUGUCGAAGGUUAAAGUUAGAAUUAUUGAGAAAAAAAAAUCAAUCGGGUUUUUUGGGUUCGAUGGGUUAUUUGUUGGGUAGGAACAUCGUUACUAAAAAAUAUCGAUGUUAAAUGUUUAAUCAGUGUUAUUUUAAAUGUUGCAUUAAAAAAAUAUUAUAGCGUAGAAUAUACAGCUUUUUGUGGGAAUUUCAAUUCAUUAUACUUGGUAGAUUUAGGUAUAUGAUGAGUAUGCCAAUAGGUACUUACAACAAAUGCUCAUUUAUUAUAUUAUAUGUAUUAAUGAAUGUCUAAUUACUAAUUUGCUCAUUAAAGUAAAUUAAUAGAAGUGAUCAUAUUUAAAUAUGAGUUGCAAAUAUUGGACAAAAAACCCGAAAUGUUCAUGGAAAACGUACAAAUAUUAGAUAUCACAAAAUAAUGCAGAUAUACGACGAUGUUCUAUUUACGAAAAAAUAAAUAGCUCGAAACAUAUCAUAAUAAAAUUAUUGAUUCAUACGACACAACAUGAAACAAGUUACAAUCAAAUAAAACUACAGAAUGAUUUAAUCAACCAACUUGACAAUGGAUUGAAAAAAAAAUUAUUAAAACAACUGGAAGAACUAAAAUAUUUGGUGGCAAACAAUGAAGGUCUAAUUUAAAUUUGCGUUGUUCACGGAUAGAAAUAAUUUUCUAUUUCCAAAAUUAACAUUCUAUUGCGUGCUGUUCCGGUUCAAGUUCAAAUUACAAGUUACUUUUUGGUUAUUGAUUGAGUCGAAUUUGUAGAAAAAAAUAGUGUAUGAUCCACUCUAUAGUUGCAAAAAUUUAGGACCAACAUCAUUUGCACUGGAUGAGAUUCAUUUUAAUCCUUAAAGUUUAUCUCAGGAAACGUUCAAAAAUUUUGAAAAACGUCUUUUAUAAGAACAUCUGUUAGAUUAAAAUGUCCAAAAGAAUCUGAAGCAAUUAAAAUUUCUAUCAUCCAGAGUAAGCUUAAAAUUUAAAUAGAAUCAAUAAGUGCAAUAAUUGCUCUUUUUUAUAAAUUAGUAAAUAUAAAGGAAAUCAUACACGUUUUUUUUCGUUAAUUUAAUUUCCUAUUGUUUAUAAUUAUCUGUUUAGUUUAUGAAUUAGGAAAAAUAUGCAAUAAAAGGUUAAUACAAAAGGAAUUUAUGAAUGCUGAGCUUAAGUAAGGGUAGGAAUAGAUUAAAAAAACGAAAAUAUUCUAAAUAUACAGUAGUUUUACAACGAAAUUACCAAAAAAAAAAACGGCGUUUCGGGAAUACAUUUUUAUAUGUAAUAUUUUCUGACACGUGGUGAAUGCAACAAUUGAAAACAACAUCUUAUUUUAUUAGAAAAUAAAAUAUUUAAGAAUUUAUUGUCGAAACGGAAUGCAAGUAGGGUGACGAAAAAUUACUAGGCUAUUAUAAAUUCGACAUGUGAUUGAUAAUUUUCCAGCACCCGUACUAAAUGCGACCACAAAACUGACCAAAAUUGAUAUUUUUGAGGCCUACAUAGGUUAUAAGAUACGGAAUAUUUAUAAAAAAAAUGCCAGUUUUUUAUUGAAGUAGCUUUUCAGAGAAAACUUGUAUGGAGAAGUGUCCACCAUUAAAAGAUGGUUGUUUUUAUUCUGUACCUCUUAUUUCUUAUUUAGGAUUUGUCCGCUGUGUCCUGAUGUUUCAUUGAUCACAUAAUAACUUUGAUGUGUUAAUUAAAUAAUUCACGAAAAAAAAAAUAUAUAUAUUAAAAUGGAAUGCAUCUCGGGGCCCCAACGAGGGGCCCAAAAAAAAUUGUUUGCUCUCUCUUUUAUCUCCUGUUUGUUAAAAAGAGUUGAGGAAGCACAAUUUAGUAAAUCUAAAUGUUUUAGAGCGCCUCCGGUCAAUGUUUAAUUCUUUCCGGAGCGCUAUUUUCUGUCUAUUCGUGUAAUAUCGACGUUUACUAUAAAUGUUUUCUCUGAUAGUAUUAUAUUAUUGGAUUUUAAAGAUAAUUUCAAUCUAAACUUCGUAAAAGUAAAGUACGCAUAGAAGAAAUAAGAAAUCUUUUUCCGCGGGGUAAAUUUUCUUCGCGACGGCGCCGGUAAAUGCGGAAAUAUACAUUCGAUUCGAAGAUAUUUUGGGACUUUCCACUAUCGUUUUCACCUGGCGAUUACCCCGAUUAAAAUUGCCAAUUUAGUGAUCGUCCCAAAAUGCGAUUAAAACUCGCCCGAGAAACUCAAAUUAUGUACCAAAAGUUUAGUCGAGCAUCUAAUUUAUGAGGAACGAAAACUAGACGGCUCCAACUUGGCAAUGGAGAAGUCCGAUUUUCUUUUGGAAGCCGAUUAAACUGAUACCGGUAAAGUUUCUCCAGGCGAUUAGAACGCGAUUUGCAGACGGAUUGUUGUUUUACAUACUAAAAAUUAAUUAAAAUAAAUCGUAAAACGCAGCGGAGUUCGGAUCGAGUACGCUGAUUUUCGAUGUACUAAUCCCCCCUCUCAAUGUUGUCGCGAAUUUGGAAUUUUGUCGUAAAGAGCUUUUUUGAAAGCUGUAAAUUCGCGACGACUGUCGUUUUCCUUUUAAUUUUUUCGUUGUAAAUUUGGCGUGCUGGAUCCGGACGUCAAAGUCCAAAGUACUUUGUCCAGUGGUAUAUCUUAAAGGCCCCAUUUAAGGUAAACUUAUCUGCCCCGGGGAUUUCGCUGCGUUAGGAGCGCCUUUUUGCUAGUUGUUCUGCAAACGUAUUUUCUUUUUGAGCAAUUACCGGUCCUCGCGAGGCGAGUCGGUUAAGAACUGUGAAUUGAGGUGCCAAAAUAGAAGUUAAAGAUUCCAUUACAUAUUAUAUUGGUGUCUGUAGUCUAUGUUAAUUUAAUGAAAUAUAUGUUUCAAAAUCACAAUCGUUCGUUUUAUU